GAAAAUCAGGCAAGAUUCAGUUCGUGUACGCUUACAACAGUUCCGCGCCCCACGCCGCCUCCUCCUUCCGUACCGCCGUCGCCCCCUUUUCGCCCUACGCGGCCGAACGGACGACCAACCACCACCCACUCCCACCCCCUGACCACCAGGAGCAGCUGCCCUCGGACACCGAGCAGCUAGCAGGAUCGGAUCAGGACCAAGAAGAGGAGGAAAUCGAGGAGGAGCGCGCAGGUAGCGGACCCUCCAUAAAGCCACUCAUCGCAUUACCAACUGCACCGGAAGCGGUACAAAAGACAGCGGCGAAAGGAGAAACAGAGACAAAAACAAUGGCAGUGGUGCGAAAGAAACAGGACGACAAGUACCUGCUUGCCCUGCGGGAAUUGGUGACCAGCGGGUCGGGCGGCAAUCGGCAGUGUUUCGAUUGCGGCCAAAAAGGACCAACCUACGUUAACAUGACCAUCGGAUCCUUUGUCUGCACCCGCUGCUCCGGAGUCCUACGCGGUCUGACACCACCACACCGGGUGAAAUCCAUUUCAAUGGCUACUUUCACACAGGACGAGAUCGACUUCCUGCGCACCCACGGCAACGAGCUGUGUGCCAAGACCUGGCUGGGACUGUGGGAUCCGAAGCGGGCUGCCCACCAGCAAGAGCAGCGCGAGCUGAUGAUGGACAAGUAUGAGCGCAAGCGAUACUACCUGGAGCCGGCCAGUCCACUGAAGUCACUGGCCAAUGCCGUUAACCUGAAGUCUGGUCAGGUGACGAAUCACAUUCAGAAUGGCCACCACAAUGGGUAUGCCAGCAUCCAUCUGACGCCCCCUGCUGCCCAGAGGACCUCGGCCAAUGGAUUGCAGAAAAUGUCCAACUCAUCCAGUAGCUCCUCUGGAAACUCCUCCUCUUCAAUCAGCCGGCCACAUCAUCAUCAUCACAACAGCCAAAAUAACAACCACGACGCCUUUGGUCUGAGUGGGGGAUUGAGCAGCCUGAACAGCGCCGGUUCUACAUCCACCGGCGCCCUUUCGGACACCAGCAGUUGUGCCAGCAAUGGUUUCGGUGCGGACUCGGACUUUGUGGCUGACUUUGGUUCGGCCAACAUUUUUGACGCCACAUCAGCGCGCUCGACAGGAUCGCCGGCGGUGUCCUCCGUUUCUUCGGUGGGUUCCAGCAAUGGCUACGCCAAGGUGCAGCCUCUGCGAGCAGCACAUCUCCAGCAGCAACAACAACUGCAGCAACAGCAACAGCAGCAGCAGCAGCUUCUCAAUGGCAAUGGCCAUAAUGGACCUGAGAAUUUUGCCGACUUUGAUCACGCGCCCAUCUUCAAUGCAGUGGCUCCACCAACUUUUCACGAUUGGAUCAGCGACUGGGGCAGGCGGGGCUUCCAUGAUCCAUUCGACGAUUGCGAUGAGUUUCCACCAGGCUCAAGCCCUUCAGUUCCGGUUGCAGUUCCUGCUCCAGUUUCCGCAGUAUCAUCACCACUGCCAACCGUCCAAGAAGAACCAGAACUGGCGUGGAACUUCUGGCAGGAGGAGAUGCAAACAGAGACGCAGGAUCUGAGGUACCAGCCUCAACAGCAGGAUCCGAACUACUCCUUUUUCAAUAGCACUCCGCCCCUUUCACCCUUGAAUCCCUUCCUGCCCCACUUAAUCAAUGAGGAGCAGCAUCCGAAUCCUCCAGAGAAGCCCUCCUAUUCGUAUUUGUUGUUCAGCUCAAUAUCAAACAGUUCCCAAGAAGAGGAAGUGGAUGACCAUGAGAUGAAUAUUUUAAAUGCCAAUUUCCAUGAUUUUUUUACGUGGAGUGCACCCUUGCAAAAUGGCCAUUCGACAAGCCCGCCCAAAAGCGGAAGUGCAGCGAUGGCGCCCAGUGAGGAUCGAUAUGCUGCUCUCAAGGAUCUUGACGAGCAAUUAAGGGAACUGAAGGCCAGCGAAACUGUCACGGAGGCGCCCACGCCCACCAACGGCAAUGGCCAGACCGCAGAUGCCUUCGGUAGCGCACUCAACAACAAUCCAAAUCCUUUCAAGGGCCAGCAGCAGCAGCAGCUCAGCAGCCAUGUGGUGAAUCCAUUCCAGCAGCAACAGCAGCAGCAGCAUCAUCAGAAUCUCUAUGGCCAGUUGACGCUCAUACCAAAUGCCUACGGCAGCAGUCCCCAGCAGCAGAUGGGGCAUCAUCUCCUUCAGCAGCAGCAGCAGCAACAGCAGGGCUUCUUCAACUUCAACAACAACGGGUUCGCCAUCUCACAGGGUCUGCCCAACGGCUGCGGCUUCGGAAGCAUGCAACCUGCUCCGGUGACGGCCAACAAUCCCUUUGCAGCCAGCGGCGCCUUGAACACCAACAAUCCAUUCUUAUGAGACUCAAGCCGGGAGAAUUCGCCACUAGCCACAUGGCAGAGGCGCUGAGCCAGCGAACAAAGAGCAGCAGCAAAGGAGAGGAGAGAUGAGCCAAGGAACCGAACCGAAAUUAGUCCAUUUUACGAACAAUAGCGUUAAUCUAUAUAUACAUAAUACACGCCGGAGAGCACUCUCUGUGUACAUAGCUCAAAUAUGUACACGCCGAAGGGCUCCAAGCUGACGCUUAUCCUGGAGGAAGCCAGCGGACUGGGGCGUUGAUAUAUUCUUUUACAUGGUAACUCUACUCUAACGUUUACGGAUACGGAUAUUUGUAUUUGCCGUUUGCCCUAGAACUCUCUAAUUGUACUAAGCGCCCAUGAACACAUCAUCCACUAACUAACAUAGCUACUAAUCCCAAUCCUUGUGGAGGAUGCAGUUGGCCCAGAUUCUCUGUUAUUUGUUUGGUCUGUCCUCGUAUUUGUCUUUGUCCCUUUUAGCAGUUUCGUUGCGGAUAAGAACUCUGUCAGUUAUUGAUUGUGUGGCCUUAAUAAGAUUAUAAAACUAUAUAUUAUAACGUACUACUAUAUAUAUACGGAUACAGAAACAGUUACAGAUACAGAUAUAUACAAAUAUGCUUUGUACCUAAUGAAUUGCUUCUUGUUUUCUUUGCUAAUUGUCUGCUUUCCGUGUGCUAAAGUUAUAUAUUAGUACGUGCGAUAUCGGCCGUGCAGAUAGAUUGCUCAACUCGCGAGUCAAACCUCUUUUGGUUGCACCCACGGCAGACAUUUGUACAUAUACUGUCUGAUUGUAAGCCCCAUGUAAUACCUCCGUUAACACCAGUCCCCCCACCCAUCCAUCGAACCUAAAUCCAUGACUCAAUUCACUGCUCACAUGUCCAUGUCCAGAUAAGAAGCAAGAAUUUUUCCAUUUUUAGCCUUAACGUGUCAAACAUUAUCGAAGCCUUAAAGUUAUAUUUAAAACUACGAAAAUUUCAAUAAAAACAUUAAGAACGCUA